AUGUUCCUCUUUUACGUUGUGUCGGUGUGCCUCGGGCUGGCCCACGCAGCGACAACCACCCAACCUGAUCAUCAAUUUUCAAGACUUCAGCAGAGGGCAUCAACUUGCACUCCUUUAGCGGGAGGGAGCAGCUCCAUUGACGACGUUCCAGCUAUACAAUCUGCUAUUGCCAGCUGCGCAUCAGGAACAAUCGUCAUCCCGACUGGUACAACCUACUAUAUCAAUUCGGCCUUCAGCUUUGCUGGGUGCUCAGGAUGCACCUUUCAGAUCGAAGGGACGCUGAAAGUCGCCAGCAACACUGACUACUGGGGCGGACGGCAAGCCAUCUUCCUCAUGAGCGGUAUUAACGGAGCCAAGGUCUUCUCUUCAACAGGAUCUGGGGUCAUAGACGGCAACGGCCAAAACGCAUAUGACUUAUUCGCAACGGAUUCAACGUACAAGAGACCAACUCUAUUCUACAUCACCAACUCAAAAAACGUGGUGGUCCAGAACCUUCGCUUCAAAAACGCGCCGAAUGUCUUUCAUUCCGUGACAGGCGGGUCCACGAAUAUCAAGUACAUUGACGUCAACCUGUCUGCGGUGAGCAAGAGCUCUAAUGCUCCCAAGAACACCGAUGGGUGGGACAUUGGCGCCUCGACCUAUGUCACCGUGACCGGGGCUACAGUCACCAAUGACGACGACUGUAUAGCCUUUAAGCCUGGCUGCAAUUACACGACAGUCACGGACAUCACCUGCGUGGGCAGUCACGGCUUAUCCGUCGGCAGUCUAGGAAAGACCAACACGGAUACCGUCCAGAACGUCUGGGUCAGCGGUGCAACCAUGAUCAACUCGACGAAGGCAGUGGGUAUCAAGCUGUACCCAGAUGGGCCUGACCACGGCACAGCGGUCGUGUCGAAUGUGACGUUCCAGAACGUGGUUGUGCAAAAUUGCGACUACGCCUUCCAAGUGCAGAGUUGCUACGGUGAAACGACAUCUUACUGCGCAUCGUACCCGAGCACCGCGCAGUUGUCUGGAAUAGUUGUGAAGGGCUUCUCCGGCACAACAAGCUCCAAAUAUGCGCCCUCCGUUGCCAACAUCAACUGUCCAGCAGCGGGGUCGUGUGACUUGGCCAUGUCCUCCAUGACAGUGAAGCCGCCCAGCGGAUCGGCUAGCUAUUUGUGCGCGAACACGCCAAGCACACUCGGGGUCACCUGCAAGAGCGGUGCCAGUGGCCGGUGA